AUGACGGACACCAUUUCUCUCCUCAAAGGUGUGACAUGUUUCAGGACUGCUUCAGAAAAUAUUUUCCUUAUCCAACCUUUACAGCAUAACAGUAAUUUGCUGACAGUAUUUUUGUUUGUGUUUUUUUCCCAGGCAGAAAACCUACUACAACACUUGCAGGAAAAUUUUCAAGCAUUGAUUGACAAGACCAAAUUAAGAAUGGAUGAAAUGGGUGAACGCAUAGAUGAUUUAGAAGAGCACGUUACUGGACUGAUGACACAAGCGGGAAUAGAAAAUGCUGGUGAAGAAAUAAUGCACUGAAGAUGAAGUUAUCAGGAUGAUAAAAGAAGUACUCAGAAACAGAGACCUUGAGAGCGAGCUACAAUUCUACAACAUAGGCUGUUCAUACUAGUCUGCGACUGAUGAACUGACAAAUUCGGCCUACUAGGACAUCAGUGGCUAUAGUAAUAUGAAACACAAAAUAUCUAGCUUUUAUUACUGUUACAAUAAAAGUUUUAAAUAUUUUUAUAAGAUUAUCUUUGAAACCUGAUAGUACUGAUCUCGUGAUGAUUUAUAUAUUUAUAAUAAAAGCAAACAUAUAAGCUUUUUUCAU